AUGUACGGAGGAGAGUUUGACGGCAACGCCGCUUUCGCCGGCGGCGGUUUCAUGCCUUCUCAGGCUACUAUGCAAGCGCCUGACUCCGGAUCAUCCUCCAAGAACCGAGAUUCACGUACCUUGCUUCCCCUGACACUGAAGCAGUUGAAUAGCGCAUCAACCAAUGGUGAAUCAAAUUUCUCCAUUGACGGUUUUGAAAUCAACACUGUUGCAAUUGUUGGACGAAUUUCUAGAAUGGAGAACAGAAUCACUCAGGUCGAUUUUGUUGUAGAUGAUGGUACAGCCGCCGUUGAAUGUGUCAGAUGGUGCCAUGAACGUCCAGAAACUGAAGAAAUGGAAGCAGUCAUGCAGGGAAUGUAUGUUCGCCUACAUGGACACCUGAAAAGUUUCCAAGGGAAGCGGUCUGUGAAUGUUUUCUCAAUCAGGCCUGUCACUGACUUCAACGAGAUUGUACACCAUUUUACCGAGUGUAUGUAUGUCCACAUGUACAACACCAAGACACGGGGUGGUUCUGCUACUCAGGCUACUGCUACUCCUAGACCCCAAAUGCCAUACUCAGCAAUGCCAACCCCUGCAAAGCCAUACCAAACCGGGCCAUCUAAUCAGUUCUCGAACCAGUUCAAUGAUCCGAUGCAUGACGUUAAGCAGACAAUCUUGAAUUACCUGAAUCAACCUGUGAACCUUCAAUCUGAAGCUGGAGUUCACUGUGAUGUGAUUGCGCGCGAUCUCAGGAUUCCGCCCCUUAAAGCCAAGGAUGCGUUGGAACAGCUCUCAAACGAUGGCUGCGUUUACUCGACUACGGACGAGACUUGCUUCAAAUCAACCGCAAACGCAUGA